GACAUAUGCAAAGCMUUUGAAAAGAGUUAAAAUUUUACUCAAAAACACAAGAGUUUUUGACAUGAAAUCCAACGUUUUAUGCCUUCUAAAACAGCAUUAGUCUUAAGAAGAUUAAUAUUUACGGUCCUUUGAACUUAAAGUGAACAUGGCAAGAGGUCGACAUAGUGAUAAAGAGAAAGAUAAGGACAAGAACACUGAAACUACCCUUGAUCCUAAAUAUGUCCUGUGGAUCCUCGCAGCGAUUCAGAAAGUAAAAGGACAAAAGCAGCGUCCAAGUGAGGACAGAAUAUCUCAUGUUCUAGAAACUAGCUAUGGUCUGGAUAAAGAUACAAUCUCAGAACAGUUGGAACUCUGUGUGAAACAUGGAAGAGUGCUCAAAGUUACCUUUAAAGGUCUGUCUUCCUAUAAGAAUCCAAUGCAUGCUGCCAAUAUUGUUAGAGGUACCAUUGAAAAACCAGUGGAUUUUCAAGCAUAUGCUACAGAGGCUUUAGAAAAGAUUGGAAAGGAUGGCUGUUCAAUACAUGCUGUUGAAAAAUACAUCCAGGAACAUUAUAGUAAUUUGAUUAGCUCAAGGACCGAUGUGCAUUCUCAUGUGAAAUCUGUGUUGAAAAAGGGAUUGAUUAAUGGGAUUUUCUUGAAGGAAGGCAGGAAUUACAGGCUGGCUUCUUUGACAAAGCCAAAGAAAAAAGCCAAUCCAAGUCCAGUGUGUGGGUUUUGUCUAGGAUCUGGUGAAAAGAACAGAAAAGGAGAACAAGAAGAGCUGAUAUCAUGUGCAGAUUGUGGAAACAGUGGUCAUCCAUCAUGCUUGAAGUAUUCACCAGAACUGACAUUGAGAGUCAAAGCUGAGGCAUGGCAGUGUAUUGAAUGUAAAACGUGUUCCAUGUGUAAAGAAGCUGGUGAAGCUGACAAUCUGUUGUUUUGUGAUGCUUGUGAUAAAGGUUUCCACAUGGAAUGUCUUGAUCCACCAAUGACUGAGAUGCCUAACGGAAGCUGGGUUUGUUUUCUAUGCAAGACAAAGACUCCUGGACGCAAGAAGAAAGGCCAUGUUGAAACACCUAUAGUAACACCACCAAGAAGAAAAAUACAACCACAAUCACCGGAACCACCCUCAUCUGGGCUUUGUCCCACUCCAGGCUGUGACAGUACAGGACAUAUCACUGGAAGAUUUGCCUCACACAGAAGUGUUGGAGCUUGUCCUCUCGCUGCUGAAACAAAAAAAGCCGAAAAAGAAAAAGCUGAAAGUUUACUAGACUCCCCGAAAGCCUCACCCAGUCCCCCCUCAACACCUGUCACUGAGGAAGUCGUAGUCAAGAAAAGACCUGGCAGACCAUCUAGUGUACAUAAAGAAAAAGAAAAAACACAAUGCACACCACAACCACCAACACCAUCACCCAGAAAACAUUCACAUCUACCCCCAGGAGUGACAGAAGGGGACCUUGCACUCUUCAAGAAAGCACAAGAAAAAGCUAAUUCUAGUAUGAACAUGAACCCUGUAUUAACACCUUCAGCUAACUCCAGAUCUCCAUCAAAGAUCCAGUUUGGACGCUAUGAGAUCACCACUUGGUACUCUUCACCUUACCCUCAGGAAUAUGCAAGGUUAACUAAGCUAUUUAUUUGUGAAUUCUGUCUUAAGUACAUGAAGAGUGCUAGUAUUGUACAACGACAUAUGACCAAAUGCGGUUGGUUUCAUCCACCAGCAAAUGAAAUCUAUCGCAAGGAUGAUAUAUCAGUCUUUGAAGUAGACGGAGCUGUGAAUAAGAUCUACUGCCAGAAUCUGUGUCUUCUUGCUAAGCUGUUUCUUGACCACAAGACACUGUAUUACGACGUUGAGCCCUUCCUAUUCUACGUGCUUACCAAGAAUGACAGAAAAGGUUGCCAUCUUGUGGGGUACUUCUCAAAGGAAAAGUCUUGUCAACAAAAGUACAACGUGUCUUGCAUCAUGACUCUGCCACCUUACCAGAGACAAGGCUUUGGACGACUACUUAUUGAUUUUAGUUAUCUGUUGUCACGGAAAGAAUCCCAACCAGGGUCCCCAGAGAAGCCGUUAUCAGACCUGGGACUGAUCAGCUACAGGAGCUAUUGGAAUAGUGUAUUGUUAGAAUACAUGUAUCAUAAUAAAGAGAACCAAGUAACCAUCCGAGGUAUUAGCCAGGCUACAGGUAUGGAUCCUCAUGAUAUCGCAGCAACAUUACAGUUACUGAACAUGGUGCAGAAACGGGACGGCAAGUUUGUGAUCUGUACGAAUCGUUGUGUGAUUGAUAAACACAUGGAAAAAGUGCUUUCUCAGAAUCGUACAACCCUCGAUGAAGACUGCCUGCGAUGGACACCACUAGUUCAUACUAACCUGGCUCUGAUUGAUGAGGGAGAUAAGAUGACCAAUGGACUAGAAACCCAUGGUGGCAGAAGAAACAGACCUAGUGUAGCUGAAAGUGACCAAGACUUUGAUAUCGAACAUAUCGAUGACGUAAAGGAAAGGCCUCAAGAGAACGGCGUCAUCGUAAAUGGAGACGUGGACAUGGAAGAGGAGAAAGAAGACGAGGGAGAAGAAGAAGAAAAAAUCGUACGACCAAGAAAAAGAAAACGAAGUGUCGCACUCUCGGACGCGGGAUCCGAGGAAUCUGAGCACGAUGAACAGGAUGAGAAGAUUGAAGAACAGAAUGAUGGUGAUGAGCAUGAACAAGAAGAUGAACAAGAAGAAAGAGAAGAAGAGGAGGAGGAGGAACAAGAAGAAGAAGAUGAAGAUAAAGAAGCGGCAGAAACCGAAUCGAAGAAGGCACGAAUAUCUAACGAAGAUGCGUCGAGCGAAGACGGAAGUGAUUCGGAAGACGACUCGGAAUCCGACGACGAUUCUUCCUCUUCCUCUUCGUCUUCGUCGUCCUCGUCCUCGUCUUCAGAAGAAAGUGAAAACGAAGAAACCAAACCUAACCCAAAUCCCAACAAGGCAAGCGUAAACGAGAACCCGGCACUGAAUCGAGAAAAUAAUUCUUCUCUGAAGAACUCGGCAUUGAAUUACAGCUCGAGCAGUUUUCCACCUAAUAAUGGCGCGCAGUGCACUGACAGCCUUGACUUUAAUAAAGUCAUGGACCCCUACAUCAUAGAGUCGACCUUCUCGAACUUAAAUUCACUCAAUCCGGGAGUCAAUUUGGACCACGACUUGAACACCAUGGAUUUCCCUGAUACCGAUAGCAGUGCGCUCAUCAAGGAGUUAUCCGAAGAGGUAUUCUCCAUUGGGGCACCCUGUGGAAAUCGAAGCCCUAGUAUUAGUGGUCAGAGGUUAUCCGACGAAGAUGAUGCGUAAACUAUAAAAGUGACGGUUUUUGGUUAGUACUUCAUGUAAGACUACAUGAAAUGGCACUAUUGGAUUAUUGAUUAUUGAUUAUUGAUUAUAACGUCCUGAAACCCUAAUCGAAACCCUAACCCUAACCCAAACUCAAAAACACACUAACCUAAAACUUCAUUAAGGAAUAGUGCCAUUUCAUAUAGUCUUAGAUGAAGUAGUAAGGCUGUUCUUGAUAGUUUUCUAUAGUCAUUAAUGUUUUGGCGUGUUAUACGCUUAGAAAAGGAUUUUUAGUUAAGAAAGGUAGAUAUGUUAGUUUUAUUCGUUUUCCUUUCAUCAGAUAUUUAAUAAUUGUAUAGUUGAGUGUCAUGUAUGUCCUAUUCAUAUACUGUAUUGUACUCGAUUUUUGUCUUCCCCUCCCCUCCCCCCAAAACAGACAAAUUUACCUUCUUGUCAUACGUUUAAUCAUGAAGCAGUAAACUAUAGAUCCUACCUUA